GGAGCCCCGAGGGCUGCGGGGCCGUGCGGGGAGAACCCCGCUGCCGGUCCCGGCCAGCCCGGUGAGUCCGUCCCUGCCCCGGGCCAGCCGCCGCUGCCUCGGUCCGUCUCCGUGCCGGGGCUGGGUCUGGCCCUUCUCGGUGCGGCGGCGUCUCAGUGUUCCGGGGGAAGCGGUGCCGGAGCGUCCCGGUGCAGAGCCGGGGAGAUGGUCCCUGCCGGGGCCGCGCGGGGGUUAUCGGGGUCUUGGCAGCACUUGCUCUGCCAGCGAGGGCACAGGGCAGCGGCGGGCUGCAGGACGUUGCUGCAGGGUGGGAUGCACCAGGAACGGCAGCGGCUGCCCCCUCAAUGCUCCCGGGGCUGCAGGAGCCAUCCGGAGAGCUAUGGCCACUCAGUCACUACAAGGGGCAGAGUGAUGGGCUGUGCCAGAAGCUCACCCACCCCUGCUGUGUGCCCAAACCUCAGCAGCCCUGGCAGAAGGAUGCCUGGGAGAUCCCUCGGGAGUCGCUGAGGCUGGAGAGGAAGCUAGCCAGGCAGUUCAGAGAAGUGUGGAUGGCUACCUACAACAAGCACACCAAGGUGGCAGUGAAGACGCUGAAGCUGGGCAGCAUGUCUGUGGCCGCCUUCCUGGCGGAGGUGAACCUGCUGAACAUACUGCAGCACAACAAGCUGGUGAAGCUGCAUGCAGUGGUCACCAGGGAGGAGCCCAUCUACAUCAUCACAGAGCUCAUGGAGAAAGGGAGUUUGCUGGAUUUCCUGAAGAGCGAGGAUGGGAAGAGGCAGCCACUCCCAAAGCUGAUUGACUUCUCUGCCCAGAUUGCAGAAGGAAUAGCUUUUAUUGAGAAGAGGACCUACAUCCACAGAGACCUGAGAGCUGCCAACAUCCUGGUGUCAGCGAUACUGGUGUGCAAGGUUGCAGACUUUGGGCUGGCAGUCAUCAAGGAUGAUGAGUACACGGCCAGGGAAGGUGCCAAGUUCCCCAUUAAGUGGACGGCACCAGAGGCCAUCAGCUAUGGCUCCUUCACCAUCAAAUCAGACAUCUGGUCCCUCGGGAUCCUCCUGACUGAGAUCAUCACGUACAGGCGCAUCCCCUACCCGGGGAUGUCGAGCGCGGCGGGGAUGCGGGCGCUGGAGCGUGGGUACCACGUGCCCCGCACCCACAACUGCCCCCAGGAGCUCUACGACAUGAUGAUGAGAUGCUGGAAAAACAAACCAGAGGAUCGUCCCACCUUCGAGUGCACACAGAGCAUUCUGGAGGAUGUCUUCACCGGCACCGAGGGCCAGUACCAGCAGCAGCCGUGAGGCUGGGCGCGGGCUGAGGCUGCGGCACCGCGCCCCGGCUCCUCCCCGUCCCGCUCCUGCUCUGCCUGCACACGCUGCCCCUGCCAGCCUGGCCCGGGAACUGCAACCUUCCCGGUGUGGCUGAGCU